UGCUCGUCCAGUUGCGAAUUCCAAGAAUUGUCCCCUUUUACCUUGAAAAUGCCCGCCGAAGAGGAACAGAAGCUGGCGUCAAACAAGCGCCCGCACUCCGCUGUGGAUGCCAGCGAAGAAAAUGGCGAUGAUUCCUCAUCCGAUGAUGACUUCGGUCCGGCCCUCCCCACCGCUGAUGCCCCCAAAAAGAAACGUCGCAAGCUCCCCUUCGAGAAGGUCUACGUGAAUGCGCUCCCUGCCUCGCCGCAGUACUCCAAGUCCCUCAUGCACAAGGACCAAUUGUCCUUCGUCACUGUGACUCCGCACACCGAUUUCCUCAUCACUUCAUCCAUAGAUGGCGUCGUCAAGUUCUGGAAGAAAAUGGCAGUCGGCGUGGAGUUUGUGAAGGAAUUCCGCGCCCACACGGCGGAGAUCAAGAGCGUCAGCGUCAGCGCCGAUGGGAAAAGCUUUGCAACGACCGGAACAGAUAAGACAGUCAAGAUCUUUGACGUUAUAACCUUUGACCUUCUUGCCAUGCUUACCCUCGAGUUCAACCCCCGCUGUGUAUGCUGGGUCCAUCGCCGCGGCGCCUCAUUACCUCUCCUGGCUGUGACCGACGAAGAAAGCAGCAUGAUUCAAGUCUUCGACGGCCGUGGUGAGAACCCGAACCCAUUACACACCGUCAAGUCUAUUCAUCGCAGCCCCGUGGCCGCCAUUGCCUUCAAUGACGCCUACGACUGUGUCAUUUCCGCCGACGAGUCCGGCAUGAUCGAGUACUGGCGAGCCGGCGAUGGCUCCUUUGAGAAGCCCGACAACGUCUUCGAGCUCAAAUCCUCCACCAACCUGUUCGAGUUCCGCAAGGCCAAGUCCGUUCCAGCAUCGCUAUCUAUCUCCCCGUCCGGCCAGCAAUUCGCCGCAGUCUCCUUCCCAGACCGUCAAGUCCGCGUGUUCGACUUCGCCACGGGCAAGCUCUACCGCAAGUAUGACGAAUCGCUCACCACCAUCACCGAGAUGCAACAAGCCGGCACCGCAAUCUACCAACUCGACGAGCUCGAAUUCGGCCGCCGCCUCGCCGUCGAACGUGAAAUCGAAAACCCCAUCACCAAGCCCAAGAUCAACGUCCUCUUCGACGAAUCCGGGCACUUCAUCCUCUACGGUUCCCUCCACGGCGUCAAAUGCAUCAACACCUACACCAACCGCGUCGUCCGCGUCUACGCCAAAGAAGAGCCCUUCCGCUCCCUCAACCUAGCCAUGUACCAAGGCCAGCCCCAAAAGAAGGGCAUUGUAACCGUCUCCAUGGCCGCCAGUUCCAACCCCCUCCUCCAAGAAGCCGAAGAACGCGACCCCAUCCUGGUCAGCACGGGUUUCGCCAAAGUCCGCUUCUACCUCUUCACCAACUCCACCGAUAUCUCAAAAUCGACCCGCGACGUCCAAAACGAACGCCCCCGCGAAUCCGCCUCCGGACGCGACUCCACCGCCCAAAAAGCCGCCGAACUCGGCACCUCCGCCAUCCUCCACACCACCAUGGGCGACAUCCACCUCCGCUUAUACCCCUCCGCGGCCCCCAAAGCCGUCGAGAACUUCACCACCCACGCCCGCACCGGCUACUACAACAACACCAUCUUCCACCGAGUCAUCCGCAAAUUCAUGAUCCAAGGCGGCGAUCCCCUCGGCGACGGCACCGGUGGCGAGUCCAUCUGGGGCGGCGAAUUCGAAGACGAAUUCUCCAGUCUCAAGCACGACAAGGCGUAUACGUUAUCCAUGGCGAACGCGGGACCCAAUACCAACGGAAGUCAAUUCUUUAUCACGACAGAGAAAACCCCCUGGUUGGAUGGAAAACAUACAGUCUUUGGGCGCGCCGUGCAGGGUUUGGAUGUCGUGCAUAAGAUUGAGAAUACCAAGACGCAUAAGGAGAAGCCGGAGCAGGAUAUUAAGAUUGUGAGUAUCACUGUGGCUUGAGGUGCUUUGUUGUUGUAGACUUGAUGCUGGUUGUAUGUUUUGGUUUUUGGAUAUCAGGUUCAGCGGUCCAUGGAUAGUUAUUUAUCUUACCUAUUUAGUCAUUUGUUGUUGUACUGUAAAUUACUGGGUUGUUUUGUUAGCUAAAAGAACGGAUAUAGUAUAGUAUAGCAUAUUAUAGUACACAUGUUCGAUUGAGAUGGUUGUUCCAUACAAACAAACGGUUUCUACCUAUUCAUCCUGUGUAGCCUGUAACCUGUCUUGGC